CGCUCCCUCGUUUUCCAGCUGCCCCAGGCCAUACAUACUCUGUCGCACACGAAGCCAGGGAGAGAGACACAGAGUGAUACAGCCAUGGCAUCGCCGCCGAAGCCUUGGGAGCGAUCCGGCCAAGCACAAACCUCUCUAGGUGCGCAAUUCACCCCAAAUAAAUCCCCUCCUUCCUCUCCUACUUCCCGUAAUAUCUGGUAAGACAUUGGGCGACAUGCUAUAACAAGAUUACUGACGGAGAGUGCAGCAUCCCCCACAACCCUGCCCGGUGCCCCCACAUCCGCCGCAUCGUCCAUGCUUCCCACCACUUCUUCCACAACGCCAGCGAUACCGGCGAGGCCACCCGCCUUAACAGCCUCCAUCAACCAGAAUGCCGCCGCCUACAGCAGGCAGUUAGGAGGCGCGCUGGGGGGCGGUUUGGGAGGCGGUCUGGGGGGCGCGCCCUACGGGGGCUACGGUUCGGCCUAUGGCUCCGCAUACUCGUCGCCGUACUCGUCGCCCUACUCACGCCUCGGCGGUAUGAUGGGCGGCUAUGGCGGCGGUAUGAUGGGCAGCUACGGUGGCAGCUACGGCGGUGGCAUGUACGGCGGCGGCAUGAUGCCAGGAGCAGGCAUGCCGGGCAGCGACCCCAACAACCCCGACAGCCUCACCGGCCGCUUCAACAUGAGCACCCAGGCCACCUUCCAGAUGCUUGAGGGCGUCGUCGGCGCCUUCGGCGGUUUCGCGCAGAUGCUUGAGAGCACAUACAUGGCCACGCAUUCGAGUUUCUUUGCUAUGGUCGCCGUAGCUGAGCAGUUUGGCAGCCUGCGUGACACGCUUGGAUCUGUACUGGGAAUCUUCACACUCAUGCGCUGGAUCCGCACAUUGAUUGCUAGACUGACGGGGCGGCCAUCACCAGUAGACGCGACGGCCCUGACACCAGCCGCGUUCGCGCGCUUCGAGGGCCGGCAGAACGCGCUUCCCGACGGCAGCGGCGGCCCCCCCAAGCCUAGCCGCAAGCCGCUCUUCUUCUUCCUGCUAGCUGCCUUUGGCCUGCCGUACGUCAUGAGCAAGGUGAUACGUUCGCUCGCGGCCAACGCCGAGGAGGAGGAGCGGCGGCGGCAGGAGCAGCUCGUGUCGGUCCAGCAGAACCAGCAGCAGGCCCUCGUCGACCCUUCCCAGCUCGAGUUUUGCCGCGUCCUGUACGACUUCUCGCCCACGGCGCAAGGUGGCCAGGCCGUUGUCGUGCAGGGCGUCGACCUCGAGGUCCACAAAGGCGACCUGGUGGCCGUGCUGAGCAAGAGCGACCCCCUCGGCAACCCUAGCGAGUGGUGGAAGUGCCGCGCCCGUGACGGCAGGAUAGGCUACCUCCCCGCCACCUUCCUCGAGGUCCUGCGCAAGCCCGGCCAGCCCCUCGCCAUCAAGAACUCGCCCGCCAGUGACAGCAGCCGCGCCAACUCGUUGACGAGCACUGCGAGCGCCCCCGGUGUCCUAACGCAUCCAGUUUCUUCCGUCCCUACCGUCCCCUUGACAAAAGUCGGCGACGUCACGGCCGAGAGCUUCCAGAAGUCCCAAUUCUACUCUUAAAAGGGUAGAGGCGGGCCACUUGGUCGUCGCGCAAGCGGAAGAGGGGGCGGAUAUCCCAAACAGCAGACGUGGGACUGGAACGUGGCUGGGCUCUG